UGGCAGUAGGAGGACCGGUAUAAAACGACCGUAGCAUUCUCGAAUCCGCAUCAGUCACAUCAGUCUCCUCUUUCAAACAAGAGUAGUCACAGAAAUCGAUUUGUAACCAUGAAGAUGAUCAUUGCCUUCUUCGCCGUUUUGGCUGUUGCCCUCGCUCGUCCGCAACAUCAGGAGGAGGUAGUAGUCGUGAAAGAGACACCGUCAGACAACAUCGGUGUUGGUGGUUACAACUAUGGCUAUGAACUCUCGAACGGUCAACAUCAUCAGGAAUCCGCAGAAUUGAGAAAUGCUGGUACCGAAAAUGAAGCUCUUGCCGUUAGUGGUAGUUUCGGUUGGGUCGACCCAGUCACCAACCAACGAUACACCGUAAACUAUGUUGCUGACGAAAACGGAUUCCACCCGCAAGGCGAACACCUUCCUUCCUAAAUCUCUAUCCUAGACUCUUGUUACACGAACCAUGACCCAACAAGAAGAACAACUCGAAGAAUCAUCGAAACUCAUAGUUACCUGAUUAAACUACCCUCGUUUAACGACUGAGA